UCUCGCGCUACUACCGUUCGGUUCGCACGUGUCCGUACUGAAUGAAUUCACGGUCCGUUGCAAUCGUUCGGUCCGUUUCUUGCUGCUGACUUCAUGAGACGCGCGAGUGGUGUUAGUUUGUUCAACGAAGGUCGACGACGAUCAGAGUUUUAGGAGACCACCAGGAAAAGGCCCGGAAGCAGAAGGCAUCCGGAAGUUUCAAUCAAGUUUAUCCUCUUCAAUCCACUCGUCUCCAAAAACUCUCGGUGCUUCCGCGCUAUUCGAAGGAACGCAACGCAGGUGGUGUGAUAGUUUUGGAAGCGGCGCUGGAGGAGUAUCCUGUGUUGGCGAUUGCCGGUGGUGAGCAUCGAGGGGAAGCUGAAGCAUCCUGGCCUUGCAUAAGCACAGCCUGUGUGGAGAAGUUGUAUCACUCAGCCAAACUACGCAGUGACGGAUUCAUCGUAAUGCUCAACCGUACCGAUGAGACACGAUUGGAUGUCUCGGUAGUUUAGAUAAUGCUGAAGCUACCCAAAGGACUGAAGAAGAAAAAGAAAGGCAAAAAAUCAAAGAAAGACCAGGAGCUAUUCACCGAGGAGGAGCUAGAGCAGUAUCGGCGGGAGCAUCAGAACCAUUCGGCGCUCAAUUCGGCGGCCCCAUCGGACAGUGAGGAACAACAGCAGCCGCAGUCACAGCACCAGCUGGCGGCAUCGGUAGCGGGCGCAGGUGGCGAAAAGUCCGGUGAAACUGACGAGGAAUGGUCCAAGUUUGCGGCCCUCACCAGUGGAAUUGACUCGGUGCUCAAGAAGACCCAGGGUGAUCUCGAUCGCAUCAAGAGCACCUCGUUCUUCCAGAAGGUCCCAACCAAGGUCGAGCAGGAGGAGCGAGAACGCGAGGAGCGGGAGCGGGAGCGCGAGCGCUGCGCACAAGAGGAGCAACGUCGGAAGGCCGCUGAAGAGGCAGCACAGGAGGAGAAGCGAUCGGCGGAGGAGCUGAUCAGUGCGGUUGUCGAGCUAUCCGAAUCCGAGCACAACUCGGAAGCAGAGGAGGACAUCUUCGACACCGGGUACAUCGAUGCGAUUACCCGCGGGGAGCUACCGAUCGCGUACGUGCCCGAGUCACCGGUACUAGAGUCAUUCGACGGACCGGACCCGUUCGACACCUCAUACGCGGAGAAGGUCAUCAAGGGACCCGAGGUAUCGAAGCGGGGCAAAAAGCUAGUGAGCAUCGGAUCGGCCGUCGAGGUACUAACUGGACGCGUCGACGGGGCCGGUACCGGUGCGGCCAAGCAGCGCAGACAGCGGCGUGGACCGCAGAAUCUACUGCUCGCCAGUUUCGACGAAGGAGACCAACAGCAGCAGCAGCAGCAGCAGCAGGGCGAACAGGGUCACGAUGACGCUGUAAACAGCGAUCGGAAGGAUUCGACGGCUCUAACCCUGCUCGAUGACUCAGCCGACCUACCGUCAUCGAACAUUGAGAUCGACUUGAGCGUAUCGCUCCACUUGAAUCUACAGAAGCAGCAACAGCAGCAGCAGCAACAAGACGAAGAAUACUCCCAGAUUCCGGAGCAACCGGACUUAGACGAGUUUGACGAGUUAAAGUCGCGCGAACCACUCUUGGUGGCAGGUAGUGACAAUCUUGAGCUACUGCUAGGAAAGCCAGAAGUAAAAGAAGCAACAGGGGUUUCAUCCGAUACCACCAGCAUACUCAUCUUAGACGCCUUUGACGCACCGGAAUCGGACGAUCCGUUCUAUACCGGGUUUGUGGAGCGGUUGCUACCGGCGACAGCCGUCGAGGACGACGAGUUUGAUCCCCGAGCAAUCACAGAAGAAGAAAAAGAAGAAGAAGAAGCGGGCAGCGUCCGUGCCGCCACACCGGAUCUCUUCUCAGCCGACCACGGUUCGGACUCACGACACACAGCGGCCCCUUUGCAGGAUCUCCUGUCCGUGAGCAGCUCGGAUCUCACCGGGCUCGGUGACAAGCCACUCGAGGUAGCAGCCGGACCACACGAGGUAUCGCGUGCUACCAACGAGCAAGCGGCCGAUCCCUUCGAUACGACUGCGAUCGACCUGAUCGUAGCACCGGGCAAGGCCGAGCUAAAGUUUCUCGAGGAGGAGCUGCUGCGGUCAUCGUCGUCGUCGGCGGAUCCGCGUGGCCCUUGUAUCAUCCACUCGCUGAGCGAUCCCGACUUCGAUCCACGGGCCGACAACGACGACAACGUUACCAACGGCACACAAGCAGCGGGCGGGCCGGAGGACGUACGACUAGAGCAGGAUUUGCAGUCGCUGGUGCAGCGCAAAUCUUCGUUAAGUCUGCACAUCAGUGCCGGUGGUGGUGGUGUCAUCGGUGUCACCGCUGCCAACCGCAGCAAAUCUGUAGUGUUUGCCGUCGUAACACCGGAUCUGCUGAAGCUCGACGGUGCUGACCGUUCGUCGGUGACCAAGAAACCGCUGACACCGUACUACAGCCGCGAAUCGUCCCUGCCGGACUUGGAGGCUGAUCCGUUCGAUACUUCGUUCGUGCCACCCGUCGCACCGACUUCGCUCGAACUCAGUCUCCUCGAGCAAGAGCUGACCAGCACCGAAAGCGGCGACGAUUUCAACCCGCGGGCAGAGGAGUUUCCAAGAGUCGAGCAAAUCCGGAUUCCGGUACCGGUCACCAAACGAUCGGCGGCGGAUCUGCUCGGUUCGGGCUACGAUCAGCAGCAGUCGUCUGACGCUCAGAAGGUGCUGACUCCGGCGCGGCUUGGUGUUUUGGUCGGUGGGUCGAUUGAGCAACCGGAGGAGCUGGACCCGUUCGAUACGACGAUCGCGCACAACUUGCAACCGGGACGAGCCGAGCUGAAGCUGCUAGAGGACGAGCUGAUACCGACCGUGACGAGCGCCCCGACGACCGAUAUCCUGUCCGACGCGGCCCAAGAGCCUAGCUCGGUCUUUGUCAAAGUGCUCACACCGCAGGUUGGUGGCCGCGGUUCACUAGACUUUGGUGGUGGUGGCGUCAACGACGCGCAGAGUGCGCAGCAGCAGCAACAGUGCGAGGUCGAUCCAUUUCGAUACGUCGAUAACGGAGAACAUUGA